AUGAAGACCCUGAUGCACCACGGUCUGGCAGUGUGUUUAGUGCUUACUACCAUGUGCACCAGCUUGUUGCUCGUGUACAGCAGCCUCGGCAGCCAGAAGGAGCGGCCCCUGCAGCAGCAGCAGCGGGCGGGGGCCAGCAGCGCACAGCCAGUGGAGAGCAGUCCCCAGCUACGGAGAACCGCCCCCGCUGGACCCCGGCAGUUGGAUGGAUACCUCGGCGUAGCGGAUCACAAGCCCCUGAAAAUGCAUUGCAAGGAUUGCGCCCUGGUGACUAGCUCGGGGCAUCUGCUGGGUAGUCAGCAGGGCCCCCAGAUCGAUCAGACAGAGUGUGUGAUCCGCAUGAAUGACGCCCCCACGCGAGGCUACGGGCCUGACGUGGGAAACCGCACGAGCCUGCGGGUCAUCGCACAUUCCAGCAUCCAGCGGAUCCUGCGCAACCGCCAUGACCUGCUCAAUGUGAGCCAGGGCACCGUGUUCAUCUUCUGGGGCCCCAGCAGCUACAUGCGGCGGGACGGCAAGGGCCAGGUAUACAACAACCUGCAGCUCCUCAGUCAGGUGCUGCCCCGGCUGAAGGCCUUCAUGACCACACGACACAAGAUGCUGCAGUUCGAUGAGCUCUUCAAGCAGGAGACUGGCAAAGACAGGAAGAUCUCCAACACGUGGCUGAGCACGGGCUGGUUCACCAUGACAAUUGCUCUGGAGCUCUGCGACAGGAUCGAUGUUUACGGCAUGGUGCCCCCAGACUUCUGCAGGGAUCCUAAGCGCCCUUCAGUACCUUACCAUUACUACGAGACUUCGGGACCCGAUGAAUGUACAAUGUACCUCUCGCAUGAGCGGGGCCGCAAGGGCAGUCACCACCGUUUCAUCACGGAGAAGCGGGUGUUUAAGAACUGGGCACGGACAUUCAACAUUCACUUUUUCCAACCACACUGGAAACCAGAGUCACCCUCUGUGAACCAUGCGGAGGACAAGCCUGUGUUCUGA